UUCAUUUUGUCGUGUGAAAUUUUGCCCAGUUUUUCUCUUCACCUUAUACUGCGCUCUUCCUGAGUUCCGCUUAAUCGUGCUAUAAAUCAGUUUUCUACACUAAAGCUUAGAUAACAAGUUUAUCGGAUAAAACAGUUAUAAAACUCCUGACCAACAACGACAAGCAUCUGGUUACAGAAACCGAGACAUCACAUAUCAGAUUAUUGUGUUUUAGUACCUUUCUUGGCUAAGCAUGGAAAAGGUUUAUCAACAUUUUCUAACAUUAUUUCUGUCAGGAUUAUUUACGUGUUAUGCGCUAACUGGAGGUAAGCUCUUUAUGUUGUACUGAAUUGCGAAAGAUUCUGAAAAUAGUGGUUUGGUAGUAAAACCCAUGCGUCGUCUAUUUCAUAGCCUGUGAACAGGCUCUCUGUUUGGGGAAAGGUUGAAAAACUCGCGAGGAGAGGAAAGGGAAAGGGUGAGAGACUGUAGACAAACCGUUUGGGACCGUCGUUCCACGGCACCCGCUAUGUAUCAGAUCCUGAUGCAGGCUCCUAUUGGCGUGAACACUGACUGUUGACAGGUUUGAUUUACAUCGCUGUUUUGGUCGGUACGUAGCACGCGAUUUGAUGUCUUCUGAUCUUUAACAUGGCGUCUUCCUGCGCGUGACUUAUGCGCUUUUUUAGCCGCAAUGAAUAUUCUUGCAUCAGAGGGCAAAUGACGCCGACCAGAAACAAUAACCGCAGAAAAUCAAUAUGUGUUUCACUACCUCUCAGUAUGAAAUAAGCGGCAAGAAUCACAUUUUCUCAGUUAAAACUAAACCCUCCAGAACAUAAUCUGCCCGCCAGGGAAACAAACUCAUUGGAAAAAGCAGCAUUUUAGCACGAGGUAAAAGCUGUGUGUUGCGUACCUACCCCCUUUUUAGACGCGAGAUUGAUUACAUACCGAUGUAUCCAAGUGACAGAUAACGCCCUCUCCUCGCGAUUUUUUCACCCUUUCCCCAAACAGAGAGCCUGUCCACAGGCUGUCUGUUUCACUUCCGAGAAGUUAAGCAAAUGAACAUUGUGCGCGUUUUUUCUCUGAGAUUGAUUACGUGAAAGAAAGAUGCUACAAGGUAACAAAAAUUGGCUCUAUUUCCUGAACAGAUUACAGUGUUGUCGCAAAGACAAAUCUUAAGUCGACUUAAGAGUAAAUCCCUGCAUUUGGAGAUUUAAAUAUUGGGAACUCACUAGCCUUGUGUCGCCCUACGCGAUGAAAUCAGCAAGCUGAACAUUGAAACGCGUAAAAUUUACAAUCGAAUAGCCUAUGAUCCCGGGCUACGAUCUUGGCGUAAUCAUGACUCAGCUGAGCAUGAUAGUGGUCAUUUAUGUAGUGACAUGACAACAUAAAAAAUAACCUGACGUGUCCUAUUGAUAUUAAUGUGCCAACUACAUGCGUAUGCAUUGGUUCAUGAAACAAAAGAUUGUUUUUUUCCACUCGAUACAAAUGUAAAUUAUAGCAAAAACAAUCCCAAUGUCUGAAAGUUACUAUAAAAUAGGCAACGGGCAACGGUCGACGGGCGACGGGCGACGGGCGAUAAGCACCGGGAACAGGAAAAUAACACUGAUAACAAAAUCUUAAUCAACCCCUUGCCCUAUCAGUAACUUAUUUCUAAUUCUCUCAGUUUUCUUCUUAUCUUUUUGUUCCUAGAAUUUUGCGGGAAUUCACAUCGGACUAUGAGCAAUGCCGGUACAAUAUCCAAACCCGGAAGAGAUUUACCUCAGACAAUAUCAAUUCGAUAUUUGCCUUAAACUGGAGAUUUUGUGCCAAAUCAUGUUUUCGUUCACUUUUCCUAUAUUUGAUAACUACUAAUUUAUAACAAUCUUUUUUUGUUGUUUUGUUUUGUUUUUGGCAAAAUGAAAUUAUAGUGAUAAAGGGCAGGCUACUCAGUCAAAAAAAGUGUGUCAGGAAUAAAUUAAGUUGUAAACUUGUCCAAUGUUUUCCUUGAAACUUAUACUUAAAAGGUACUUUGACACUUGCAGCUCAACUGCGUCAUAAGCAUAUUUAGAAAAAAAAGAAUUUAUCAAAUAAACAGAGUUAUAAAAUAAUCAAUUAAGGAAAAAAUCGGGAAAAGUGCAGCAAACAAAAUAACUCGCCUUCGCUUAACGUCCUGGUAGUUCCGUUUUGGGUCCAUUUCGCAUCCGUCCGCCAACGACAACCACACGCUUUCAAGAGAACAACCUCCUGAAUAAUAAAUCUCUACAAAAACAUACCACACUAAAAGGAGAGCUUAAAACCAACAAUUGUUUUUCUUCUUUUCAGCUACGCAACACAAUUGUUCUGCAAUACGCGGUGAGGAGAAAGUUGGAUGUGUUCUCCCAGAUCCAAAGAAUCCAAAUGGUACAGUUUGUUUACUUCUCGGCUGUUGCUGGAAUUCGACUGAGCAAAACAUAAAAUUAAAAUGUUUUACAAAAAGGUAGGUUUAUCCUCAACAAAUGUUGUGAGAAAAAGAUAUGAAAUGACCAAAUGGCAGAUUCUGGGUUCAAUAUUCAACAUUCACGACCCUCGGACGCGGUACAAUAGGGGGUGGCAACCAGCCCUCUCCGAGGGUUUUUUGAAGUUUUUUUUUUCCUAAAGGAUAAAACAUCAGCCCCUAACGAUUUCGGUAGCUGUUCGUUUAUCCCUCGCGCGCAUUUUGAGACAAGUUUAGUGAUGGUCAGUUACUAUGGUUACGAGAUAUGACGUCAUAAAGAGCAGGUGAUAAAGCCAUUUUUGAGUGAAAAUGCGUGUUUUUCAACUUCUUUCAAAAAUAAAAGUAAAGCUUGUGAAUGUAUGAAUGAAUGAAUAACUUUAUUUACCGAGGGUGACACAUUACAGUUAAGAACUGGUAAACUUGUGGCCCUCUCCUAAAAUAUUUAAAACUAAUUUACAAAUAUUAAAAAGGGUAAAAACAAAUAACAAAAAACAGUAUAUAUAAUAUAAAAAGGGUCUGACGUUAUAAAAAAUUAUGAAAUGGGAGAGCUAUCUAAGCCAGCAUAACCUUCCUUUAUAAAAUUACAAUAGUUCCGUUCGAAUGCGUUAAUACUAGUGCUAGAUCUUAUAUUUAUAGGUAGAAAGUUCCAAAGUUUUGCAGCUGUAACAAGAAAAGUUUUUCCAUCUUCUGUUGAGGUUCUGGUCGACAUGUCACUGAUACGAACUAAUCUAUUACCUAAGUACUCUGGGCAUUGUCCAUUUAAGCAUUUGUAGAAUAAGCAUAAGUAAUAUUUAGUAAUUUCGUAAAGCUUUAUUUCAUUCUCAUACAGAUGUUCUUUUUGUCAAAGAACAGGAGCUUUUAGAAUUCUCUGAUAUUGAUUUAUACCAAAUAGGUAAAUUUAUGGAUCUUUUUAAAAGAGUGUUAAUUCCUAAUUAUUAUUGUGAUAGGUUUAUUCUUGCAAGCCAGAUAAAUUCGCAUAAAACAAGAAAUUCAAGCUUUUUUCUCUCUUUUCCUUUUUCUCCCUAAUAUUUGAUUCCUUGUCUAACCAACAUUGGAAAAUUCUCAAUUUGGUUUCAACGCUAUAAGUUUUUCAACUCGGUGAGUCGUGAAAUUCAAAACAGUGAAGGUUUUGACCUGUGUUUAGUCGCCCCCUAAGCUCAGAAAAAUUCGGAGAAGGGCCCCUUCUCCGAUUUUUUUCUGAGUGGAAGGGGUGGCUGUACACUGGUUAUGAAAGCUUCGGUUUGUUUGGCAAAAGAUUUAAAAAAAUAAUUCUUUCUUAGUCACAAAUACUCUUUGUUGUUGUAACUUUUUUAUUGCCACAACAAGUAUUGACAUACAUAUAGUAGUAUAUAUAUAUAGUAAAAAUAAAAUCACACAAAAUGUCAUCAUUUGAUUUCAAGUCAAGGGAUUUUACAUUUUACGCUUCUUAUAUAUUGUUAAUGCAAUAGAUUUUGUGAGAGGUUAUUUUUAAAGCGAGACCAUUUCCGUACAAAGACGUUUGAGUCGUUAUUGUGGAAUGCAAUGUGCUUUACAAUUUCUAUCGAGUUAAUAAGUACCUGUAUAUACACCUGCAGCUUAGGAAGCUUGUUCCCAAGUCUGCAGGUGUAUAUGUAAUGUCUAGCUAUAAGGAGUAGGUGAUGAAAGAGAAGGUCUCUUACGUCAUCAAUGAGACCACAAAUACUCUUUGUGUCUACAUACAGUGGAACCUGUAUAAAACAAACAAAGGAUUUUAUUUACCCCAGUAAUAGUAAAAUAUAUAAAAAAAGAACCUCGAUACAAGGAAACCUCGUCAUAGCAAAAACAUUUUGCCAGUCCCCCUCCCUGGAGUGCAACAAACGCAGACUACAGACUGGCGGGUCAAUGAAGUAAACAUUGUUGUAGAAUACUCUAACAGAUAUAUUCCCUAUCCCUAAACUAGAGUUUUAAAUGACUUAAACGUUAGGGAUAGGGACUCUGUUAAAGGGUCUUAAAGCAUUCCAGAACAAGGUUUUCCUCGUUUACCUGCAAGUCUGCAAGUCUGCAGUUUGCGUUUGUCGCACACCGCUCCCUUCCCCCUUCCUUAUAUCAACUUCGCACAUUUUCUUUUCUUUUUUUCUUUUAUGGUGAUACAUUUUUUCAUAAGGUACCCCUAAUUCACAUAGUGUACCCUAUAUUCUUAGGAAUCCUAUAGUUCAUAAGCCCUCGGCUUCCUUGCCAUUUCCAUUUUGAACAUUUGUAAACGAUUUCAUUUAGAAUAGUGUCUAGCAUCUUUAAUAUAUUAUAAAUUUAUUGUGUUUUGUAAAUGUAUUUUAAGUGGUUGGUGGCAAAAUGAAUAAAUGAAUAAAUCAAACAAAAUUGCCACUGCAUGGAACCAUGUUUUAGUUGACAAUAACAACAACGUUUUUGGUACCUUCCUUCAGACUUUCACGGUUAAAAAAAUCUCUAUUUUUUUUUCAGCGGCGGUACAUGCAUGUCAUAUACAGGGAAGGUCUGUCAAGGGUCACUGACCACAACACUCGGCUCCUACAGGAACACCCCGCGCUUCAUUGUUAACAGAUUUGGUCAGCUCGGCACUGAAACAUUCCUGCAGACGGCUACAAAUAUAAUAAACACAUUUGUUGCAAAUGAUAGAAAGUGUCGGUAUAUUAUGCACAACAUGUUUUGCCAGUACACUUUACAGCCUUGCUACCCGGAUAACACUGUCGUGGAAUACUGUAAGGAAGAUUGUGAAGCCAUAUUCAGAGACUGCCAGGAACCACUUAAUCAAGUUAUUGGUGCUGUAAAGUUCUACGUGCAGCAAAAUGGUCUUGACUUUGUUCAUACGGGGCUACCUGACUGUACCAGACACAAACCUGCUAAAUAUUUUGACAACUUGCCAAACAGGACGUGUAUCAAGACUGGGUUCUUUAGUAAGUAGACUUUCUUGUUUGAUAUUCCUUUAGGCAGUUUUCACACCUGGUUCCUGGACACGGUGUAAAACUAAGAAAAUAUUUUGACAACUUGCCAAACAGGACAUGCAUCAAAACUGGGUUAUUUAGUAAGCAGUCCUUGUUUGUUCAACGUAAAGAGUACUUUAUAGAGUGUUUUCACAUGACGUCACGGCGGCCAUAUUGGUGUCCCAAAACAAUGAAACGGCGGCCAUGUUGGUGUCCCAAACCAGUCCUCUGGGAGCACAGGCGGCCCAGACGUAGUAUGUGUCACUGAAUGAAUAUAUUAAUAUUCACAUGGACAAAUUAUAAAUGCCAUGAGUCGUCGAAACUCCCAUGGACUAAAAUAGUCCAAAAGUCAAAAUAUAACAAAACAAAGUUAAGAUACCUUUAACUGAACGUAUCCUUGUCUUUCCUGGCCGGUUUAAGUGGCAUUUUGUUCAGUUUUGCAAUUGCAGGUACUAUCCACUAAAGAAGAAUUAAAGGCUGGCUACAAAACAAACAGACCAUCUCCACGCGCCUUCACACGAAGCGCUAUAAAUUCGAGAAUAAUCGACGAAUCCGCUCCAAAUAACUAUCGGCUAAUCUGCAGGUGACGUGUGCUCCUGCUUCUGGCUCGCUUGCACCACAAAAUCCAUCGCAACUGCACAAUAAUUGCUCGCUCAUCAACAACGACUGUUGGCCUUUACGCUUCGAUAUGACCGCAAACGACCAGGUUUAAUACGCGACGUGAAUAUUCAAGCUUAGCGACCGCGUUCGCGCAACAAUGCAGCACUUGCUAUGGGAGGGAUGGUACUAUUGCUUCUAGGUCAAUCAAUCGGGAAAAUAAUAUUGAAGCUCUUGUAAUUUUUAAAAAGAUCCAAUUUGCCCUAGGAGCACCGAACAGAUACGAAUCUUAUAGCGGAGCUGAAAAAAAUGAGCGGCAGUGUAAAAAGUGAACAAGAACAUGUACCACAUUUUCUCCAUAAAAAGUGAAAACCAGGAAGUUUUCCGGACGUUUCACGUUGCAGUCAUGCAAAUCAACGGCGAGGAAAUGUACAAGAAAGUGUGCUGCAAUUAGACCUAUUGUUGUUUUUCACAGUUCUGGUCAAGGGCAUCCAACUUUUAAGUUUUCACAUUUCACUCACCGGGUUAGGCUAUUUUUCGUAGAGAGUAAAAUGGAAUCCUAAAAUUUUCGAAUUCAAAAAUGUGAUGAAAGAAGGUAUCUGAAAAAUUAUCUCCUUCGUAAUACGUUAAAUUGCAUCUAAAAUUUUCGGGAAAAUAAUUCGGAAUUCCUCGUAAUUUCGAAAAGACUCAAGUUCCUCUAGAAUGGCCGAACACUGAGAUGCAAAUUUUAUAGCGCCACUUAGAAUGCAUUUCUAUAGAGCUAAAAGUACUUUAUGAAUAGCUACAAAAGUGUUUUCAAUUGAAAGUAUUUGAGGAAACAGUCGUUUGGUGGCCCUGUCUCGUGGCCUUCUCCGCUUAGCAUUACACGAUAUACCGGUAUUUUAUAUUUAGUACGAGCAAACUAUAAAUCAUUAGCUUCGCUUUUAGCCCUCCUGACUAAAUUUAUGUAAGCGCUGUUUAGAAUGCAUUUUUCGAUCAAAAGUACUCUGGACAGCCUUAAAUGCGUUUUCAAGGCAUUUAGGGGGAAAUCAUCGUUGGGUGCCCCUGAGUUUUGAGAAUAAUAAUAAUAAUAAUAAAAGAUAUCGCGCACAUAAAUUUUACUUUACGAUAUCUUCAGCUGUAUCUUCUAUUCAGCUGCCUAGCGGGGGCCUGAUUUUGCCUUUUUCCUGGGUGGAAAAUUCUCGUCCUCCUUCACCAGUUUGGACAACAUAUUAUGGAGUAAGACGUUGUUAAUCUAAGCAAAUAAGUCUGGUAGAGUCAAGAACCUAUGCAAGCGGCUGGACGAACAAUGUCACAGCAGCUGAGACAGCGAACGUUAGAAGAAUUCGAACUUGAAAACCAGGGCUGCCCUGUUGAAAACUUACGGACGGUCCUGCGAUCGCCUUUUGUUUUCUGGUCAAAACUAACGCAGCGAGCCUCCGGUCAGUCGAUUGACCUAGAAGCAAUAGUACCAUCCCUCCCAUAGCAAGUGCUGCAUUGUUGCGCGAACGCGGUCGCUAAGCUUGAAUAUUCACGUCGCGUAUUAAACCUGGUCGUUUGCGGUCAUAUCGAAGCGUAAAGGUCAACAGCGGUUAUUGAUGAGCGAGCAAUUAUUGUGCAGUUGCGAUGGGUUUUGCGGAGCAAGCGAGCCAGAAGCAGGAGCACACGUCACCUGCAGAUUAGCCGAUAGUUAUUUGGAGCGGAUUCGUCGAUUAUUCUCGAAUUUAUAGCGCUUCGUGUGAAGGCGCGUGGAGAUGGUCUGUUUGUUUUGUAGCCAGCCUUUAAUUCUUCUUUAGUGGAUAGUACCUACAAUUGCAAAACUGAACAAAAUGCCACUUAACCCGGCCAGGAAAGACAAGGAUACGUUCAGUUAAAGGUAUCUUAACUUUGUUUUGUUAUAUUUUGACUUUUGGACUAUUUUAGUUUAUGGGAGUUUCGACGACUCAUGGCAUUUAUAAUUUGUCCAUGUGAAUAUUAAUAUAUUCAUUUGACACAUACAACGUCUGGGCCGCCUGUGCUGGGAGUUGAACUCUUUUCUUAUGCAAACGCUUUCUUUUGUUCCAAUAAAUUUGCAUAGAUGCUGGCCACGUGAGUGAAAACACUCUAUAGCCGCUUUGUAUUUGUGUUUGUGCUUAACGGUAACAUUUACCUGAGCGGACAUUAUAGUAGUAGAUGGCAGACUGGGCAUGCAGUCACGUGAUUAUCAAAAUUACUCUGCAUGCGGAGCUCCGCUAUGACUUGCCUUGUGGCCUGUGAUGCAGGAUUGCAAAGGGAAUCUUUCUGGCGAAGACAGAGGUAAAGACAAAGAAAUAGAUACAUGCCACGAAACAGUGGAGCUCUAGAAAGACUUCUGUACUCCUCGACCCGCGAAACAUACCGUUAGCAGCGUCUUCGAAUUCAUUUUCCUAUACUGUGCGAGGAGGCCAAGAAAAAAGGCAAAGGACUAUUGUAUCUAGAAGUAAUGUUAAGUUGUAUAAAUUUUACUGUAACUGUUUGCACUUUCCAAAAUUCGAGGAGAAGAAGGUUUUCUUUUUCCUUUUCUAGUUAUGAAAGAAAAACAAUAAGAACAAAAAGAAGAAAAACAAACAAAAAUACCUGUUUCUCUAAUUCAUGAUUUGGCGACCUUCGCCUCACCUUAUACUGACUCUUAGACUUGCUUCAAGUCGACCUCUCAUAAAUUUUAAAAGUGAGCGAAGCGAGCUUCAAUGAGGUCGCGCAGGGCUUAAUCAACCAGGAAAAAAAAUUAAAGGACUUUUAGAAAGUCUAACUGAUGCUAUGUGUUUGUUCAAUUAACAGGUUACACUGAGCCCGUAACAGAACCUGGGUGGAAUUUUUCCAAAACGAAAACACGUAUCACAGAGCCAGCCACAGAACCAAUCACAGGGCCAAAUGAAAUACCAAUUUGUCCAACAUCAUCUUUCCCAGCGGACAAUAACAAACCACUCAAAAUCAUCUUCCUCGUGGUCAUUGGGUUAUUUUUAUUGUGAUUUGUUUUACUGUAUUCAGUUUUCGUCGACAAAAAAAGGAAAGAAAAAAGAAAAGACGAUGUGGAUAAUGCGCAUAAGUCAGAUUCAACUUGCAUUUAGUUAGGAAUAAAACUGAGCCAUGUGGAAUACAACGAAAUUAAUCUCAAAGGCUUCGUAGAAUACUCUUGUAACGUUUAUUGUGAUUUUUCUGCAGUCAUGUAAAAUUCCUUUUUCCUAAUGGUAUAAAAAGCACUUUUUCUCUGAUGUUCAAACUGGACUGUUCACAAACCCAUAUUCCUUUCUCGUGCGAUUAAGAUUUGCCGCCGAUCUCGAGAGGCUGCCAUUUUAAUCAUAUAUGCCGUGAGAAAUUUAGGGAUAGUCAAAACAGCCUAUAUUGGUCGAACUCACACUAAGAUGGAUUAUCCGUCUGAAACGGGUUAUCCGUUGGAUAAUUCGCGUCAGACAGCGGAUAAUACGUUUUAAUUUUAAAAUGGAAGGGUCUUCACUUUGGAUGGACAAUCCGCCUGACUUUACCCAAUCUGUUAUUCCGUCAAUUUUAACGGAUUUUGAAGAUGGAUUAUCCGUC